AUGCCACGGACGCGAGGCGACGCAAGGAGUGGCGCUGAUGCGGAAUGCGUUGCCAGUCAAGAUCAGGAGAAACAGCCGAGAGACACUGCGUCUGGAGUGCAAAACGCGGAGUCCCCGAGAGAAUCUGCCGGUCAGAAGAGGAAAGUGACAUCCGAAAAUGAAGCAUAUGCAAAGCAACGCCGAAUGAGCGAAAGACAGGGAACAGCUGCUUCGGUACGGGCCGAAAAGAAGGAAGAGCAACCGAAAGAAGAAGAUCUGGAACAGCAGAAACCACGACUCACGACACCAGAUCUGGAAUAUGAUUACGAUCGAUCAAAGCUACGUGACCCGAGACCAACUCCGGGCCGCAGGGCACGCUCGCGCUGGGAUGACAUCAGUGCGCCCCAAGAGAUCAAAGAUUGGGGACGCGAGGGCUCACCCACAUACGAUCAAGGCGGCUUCGAGCUUGACUACGAGAAGGUGAAUGAUUGGAUGAAACCACAAGCCUAUAACAAGAAAAAGAUGGUGCGUGGCAUGGAGAAAGCAGUCGAACGACGAACGACUGAGCAGCAGAAGAUGCUCGACUUGUUCUUUUUGGCCAAGUGGAACGAUGACAGAGGUAUCGGUCACUCCGUGGAGAACUAUGUCAAAGACCAGGUGUCAAAAGAUAUCGGCGUGCCCUGGCAUCAAAUCGGUCCGGAGCAGGUGCAGCAAUGGCGUGACAGAGGCUUCGAGCCUGUCAACUUCUACGACUGGUGGAAGGAGCCCACUGAAGAGGAGGAGAAGAGAAUGAUGAACAUGAUGUCAGGAGCUAGUUUGAGAAAGGACCUGUAA